AUGGCUUCAGAAAAGAAAGUUGCCGAAAAUAUGCUCUGGGGAGGUCGCUUCACAGAGGGCCUUGACCCCGUGAUGGAGCAAUACAACGCGUCUCUCCCGUACGACCGUCUCUUCUACGCACAGGAUAUCGCUGGUUCCAUCGCAUUUGCUCGCGCAAAUAAGAACAAUGGCAUCUUGACUGGCGACGAGUUUGCUGCCAUCGAGAAGGGGUUCGUCCAGAUCAAAGAGGAAUGGGCGAACAACACCUUCCAAGUCAAGCCCAACGACGAAGACAUCCACACAGCCAACGAGCGCAGGCUCAGCGAAAUCAUUGGCAAGGACAUUGGCGGAAAGCUACACACAGGGCGGAGCAGGAACGAGCAAGUCGCAACAGACAUGCGAUUAUGGUUGAGGGAUCAGCUGCAUAUACUGGAAGGCUACCUCAAGCAGCUCAUUCAGACAUCAGUCCAGCGCGCAGAGGCCGAGAUCGAUGUGCUCAUGCCCGGCUACACGCAUCUGCAGAAGGCACAGCCGAUUCGGUGGUCGCACUUCAUCCUGGGCCAUGCUACCGCCUUCUCCCAGGAACUCGAGCGUCUACGGGAAGUCAUCAAGCGCGUCAACCGAUCUCCACUGGGCUGCGGCGCGCUCGCUGGCAAUCCCUUCAACAUCGAUCGUGACGCCAUGGCUAAGGAGCUUGGCUUUGAGGGCAUUCUACCAAACUCACUGAACGCCGUCGGCGACCGAGAUUUCGUCUUCGAGACCUUGCAAUGGGGAUCGAGUCUCAUGCUGAAGAUGUCACGAUGGGCAGAAGACCUUAUCAUCUACUCAAGUCUCGAAUUUGGCUUCGUGCGCCUCGCAGACGCGUACUCGACAGGCAGCUCCCUCAUGCCCCAGAAGAAGAAUGCCGACUCGCUGGAGCUGAUUCGCGGCAAGAGUGGACGUGCUUUUGGACACAUGGCUGGUCUUUACGUCACUAUCAAGGGCCUGCCGACAACGUACAACAAGGAUUUGCAGGAGUCUGUCGAACCGCUAAUCGACCACAUCAAGACUGUCGGGGACUCGCUUCAGAUCGCUACUGGCGUCAUUUCCACUCUAUCCAUCAACAAGGAGAAGAUGUACGCCGCACUCGCACCUGAGAUGCUUGCUACAGAAUUUGCCGACUACCUUGUCAGGAAGGGUGUACCCUUCCGUGAGGGCCAUCAUAUCUCCGGUCGCGUUGUUGCAGCCGCAGAGGAUAACGACAUUCCCAUGGAUAAGCUGAGUCUCGAGCAGUUGAAGGCCAUUGACUCGAGAUUGGGCGAUGAUGUUGUUGAAUGCCUCGACUACGAGCGUGCAGUAGAACUGAAGAACGCCACUGGUGGCACAAGCAAGAGUGCAUGUCUUGAGCAGAUCGCUAUCAUGAAGAAGUCUCUUUAG